GCAGGAACCGUGGGAGCGUUUUAAUUGGCCGCCGUCAAACAGAAGGAAGUUUUCAUUUCUCUUCGAGGUUUCAUUGGAAGAGAAAGUCGAGGAAAAUUAAGUGGAGAUUUCUGUUCAACAAGUCAGUGUGUCGCUUUUAUCCAAACAGACUAAACUCCCGACAUCUUCAACAAUGGCUUCUUUCAACAAAGGUCCAGCUUACGGCUUGUCAGCGGAAGUAAAAAACAAGAUCGCACAGAAGUACGACCCUCAGAAGGAAGAAGAGCUCCGGAUCUGGAUCGAGGACAUCACCGGCACCUCCAUCGGCCCUGACUUCCAGAAAGGCCUGAAGAACGGAGUGAUUUUGUGCGAACUUAUUAACAAACUGCAGCCGGGCUCCGUGAAGAAGAUCAACAAGUCUGCGCUGAACUGGCACCAGCUGGAGAACCUGACGAAUUUCAUCAAAGCCACCACGGCGUACGGCUUGAAGCCUCAUGACAUCUUUGAAGCCAACGACCUGUUUGAGAACGGCAACAUGACGCAGGUCCAGACAACGCUGCUCGCCCUCGCCAGCAUGGCCAAGACCAAAGGCUGCCAGUCGCGGGUGGACAUCGGCGUGAAGUACGCUGACAAGCAGGAGAGGCUGUUCAAUGAGGAGAAGAUGAGGGCGGGACAGUGUGUGAUUGGACUACAGAUGGGGACCAACAAGUGUGCUAGUCAGGCCGGUAUGAAUGCAUAUGGCACCAGAAGGCAUUUAUAUGACCCCAAAGUUCAGAUCCAGCCCCCCAUGGACAACACAACCAUCAGUCUGCAAAUGGGAACCAACAAGGGAGCGAGUCAGGCUGGGAUGACCGCUCCCGGGACGAGGCGGGCCAUUUACGACCAGAAGCUGGGCACGGACAAGUGCGACAACAGCACCAUGUCUCUACAGAUGGGCUACAGCCAGGGCGCCAACCAGAGCGGGCAGAACUUUGGGCUGGGACGGCAGAUCUAUGACGCCAAGUACUGUCCUAAAGCCGGAGAGGUCCCAGAGGACCAGAACGGGGCGGGCAGUGGCCGCGACUACAUCCCUGAUUACCAGGAUGAGGGUUACCAAGGUUACCAGGAGGAGGAGCAGGUGUACCAAGACGACGGGACAGAUUACUGAGGGGGUGGGAGGGAACCUCGAGGCAGGAAGGUGGUUUAUUUUUCUAUCCGUAGGAUGAUGCAGCUCUGGUUUUAGGGCCAAACCGUUUUAGUACUGCAUGCAACAGCAAGCAGAAAUGUCGGAACACUUCAUUUGUUGUUUCUGCUUCUGUUUAAAGUCACCACAGAAGCCAGUCGUCUGCCUCGCUGCCCAUCAGACGGGUUUUUAUUAGGAUUAAAUGUGCAAACCCCCCCCCCCCCCCCCUCUUUUUUUUCUGUUUUUAUUGUCUCUCCAUACAAAUGUUUGUUGCAUGAAGGGAAUUCACAGAAGUGCCCCCCAUUUUUUUUUCUUUUUAAUAAAACAUGAAUCUGACAGAAAAAUGGGAUUUUUCCUUCAUACGUGUUAAAGCAGCCGUGUUUCUGUCCCUUGAUGAGCUGUAUCAUGUUGUAUGUAUGACAGGAUCUUCAUCCUUCAGUGUUUCUCCUGGAUGAAGAAAACAUUUUUUCCUUAAACUGUGUUUGAAACUCUGAGAGAGGAAAUAGUUUCUUUGUUUGCAGAGGAGGAGGAGGAGGAGGGAAAUAAUACUCAAGUGAAGUUUUCAGCGUUACGCCUGUUUCUCUCGGUGAAUAAUGUGUAAAUGAAUCAUUCUUAAAUGUUGGCCUGUGAACUGAUCUGUUUCAUCAUUUAUGAUAUUUAUGCUCAGAUUUGUGAUCUGAAGGGGGGGGCUGUUUUGUACUUUGACACAGAAUAACAUUUCAUAUUUUACUUUGCUCUUUUUCUCUUUUUUCCUUUUAAGAAUCGUUCUGCCAAUAGGGAACAAAUGAAAUGUGAGAACAGUUUAAUAAAAACAAAUGUGUUUUUUGUUGGU